UACAACUCUCUCCGUUUCUCUCUCUCUCUCUCUCUCUCUCUCUCUCUCUCUCUCUCUCUCUCUCUCUCUCUCUCCUCUUACCCUCCCCUCAUCUUUCUCUCCCCAUCUCUCCAUCUCUCCUCUCUUUAGGAAGAGCCUAUAAGACAGCAACACCAACACCUCUUGACAUGGAAAUACACUGAUACAAUAGGCAAAAAGAAACACUCGAUUGCAUCUUCCUGGUCCAGGUGGCCUUAUUUGGGCGAUUAGAUUCUGACCUUAUUCCUGUGAUGGAGGAUUCAGGCAUCCAGCGGGGCAUCUGGGAUGGAGAUGCCAAGGCUGUCCAACAAUGUCUGACAGAUAUUUUUACCAGUGUUUACACAACCUGCGACAUCCCUGAGAAUGCUAUAUUCGGUCCCUGUGUUCUGAGCCAUACUUCCCUGUAUGACAGCAUAGCUUUCAUAGCUCUCAAGUCUACUGAUAAGAGAACAGUACCUUAUAUCUUUCGGGUAGACACUUCAGCGGCAAAUGGUUCCUCAGAAGGUCUCAUGUGGCUGCGGCUGGUCCAAUCAGCCAGAGAUAAAGAAGAACAGAACCUUGAAGCCUAUAUCAAAAACGGACAGCUGUUUUACCGCUCUCUCCGCAGGAUUGCCAAAGAUGAGGAAUUACUAGUUUGGUACGGGAAAGAACUGACUGAGUUACUCUUACUCUGCCCCUCUAGAUCCCACAACAAAAUGAAUGGGUCGUCCCCUUACACAUGCCUGGAAUGCAGCCAACGUUUCCAGUUUGAGUUCCCCUACGUAGCGCAUCUGCGUUUCCGCUGCCCCAAGAGACUUCACAGCGCUGAUAUGAGUCCCCACGACGAACAAAGCGGCGGUGUGGGCACCAAAGACCACGGGGGCGCAGGAGGCGGCAAAGACCACCAUCAGCAGCAGCAACAGGAGACGUCAUUGGGUCCGGGUCCCAAAUUCUGCAAGGCUGGCCCCAUCCAUCAUUACCCGGCCCCCUCUCCGGACAGCAGCAACCCACCCGCCGCCGCCGGCGGCAGCAGCGCAAAGCCAUCCACAGACUUUCACAACCUGGCCCGGGAACUGGAAAAUUCCCGGGGAGGCAGCAGCUGCUCCCCGGCCCAAAGUCUCAGCAGCAGCAGCAGCAGCAGCGGCAGUGCAGGCCACCAGGAGGCGGAGCUGAGUCCCGACGGCAUAGCCACCGGCGUCUGCAAAGGGAAGAGGAAAUUCCCGGAGGAGGCUGUGGAGGGCGGCGGAGGCGGCGGGGCCGGGCUGGUGGGGGGCCGGGCGCGCUUCGCCGAGCGGCCCCUGCCAGCCUCCAAGGAGGAUUUGGUCUGCACGCCGCAGCAGUACCGCGCUUCUGGCAGCUACUUCAGCCUGGAAGAAAACGGCCGCCUCUUCGCGCCACCCAGCCCAGAAACGGGCGAGGCGAAGCGCAGCGCCUUCGUGGAGGUGAAGAAGGCUGGCCGCGGGGCCGGCCUGCAGGAGGAGGCGACUGUGGAUGGUGGGAGCACCACUGCCGAGGACCACGACACAGGUGGUGGCGGCUGCUCUUCCACGCCGGCGGCUGCGUCUCCGGCAGGCGCGGAGAAGCUGCUGGCCCCGCGGCCCGGGGGCCCGUUGCCCAGCAGGCUGGAGGGCGGUAGUCCCUCGCGGGGCAGCGCCUUCACUUCGGUGCCACAGCUGGGCGGCUCCGGAGGCAACGGCGCAGGGGGCGGCGCGGGGUCAGCAGGUUCAGGUAGUGCGGGCGGUGGCCAGGGCGCAGCAUCCGACGAACGCAAAAGCGCCUUCUCGCAGCCGGCGCGCUCCUUCUCACAGCUGUCCCCGCUGGUGCUGGGCCAGAAGUUGGGAGCGCUCGAGCCUUGCCAUCCUGGCGACGGCGUGGGUCCCACCAGACUCUACCCGGCCGCUGCUGACCCUCUGGCGGUGAAGCUCCAGGGGGCCGCGGACCUGAACGGAGGUUGCGGGGCCCUGCCGAGUAGCGGUGGCAGCCUGCCCAAGCAGAGCCCCUUCCUCUACGCCACAGCCUUCUGGCCCAAGAGCUCAGCGGCGGCUGCAGCUGCGGCUGCAGCGGCCGCUGGGCCCCUGCAAUUGCAGCUGCCGUCGGCGCUCACGCUGCUGCCCCCCUCCUUCACCUCGCUGUGUCUGCCCGCGCAGAACUGGUGCGCCAAGUGCAACGCCUCUUUCCGCAUGACCUCCGACCUAGUGUACCACAUGAGGUCGCACCACAAAAAGGAGUAUGCGAUGGAGCCCUUGGUGAAGCGGCGGCGGGAGGAGAAACUCAAGUGCCCCAUUUGCAAUGAGUCCUUCAGGGAGCGCCACCACCUGUCUAGGCACAUGACCUCGCAUAAUUGACAUGGAAAGGACCUCAGCUUUCCCGUCGCUGGCGGGCAGUCUAGCCACCUGCAGGAGUACACGAGAGGACAUCCACCACUUCCUUGUGCCCCCAAACACUACACCAACAUACGGGGGCACACACAAACGUGCCCCAACCCCAGGAGCCUUCUCAUUCAGUGUUUACCCGAGACACACACACACACACACACACACACACACACACGAUGGUGGAUUUUUGAUGGAGGGGUUUUUCUUUUGAAUGCACGCAUUUUCACUUUCCCAAAAACAAAAGUACAUUUUUAAAAAUGUCAUAUAUUGCAACAUAUUGAUGCAUUUGUCAUACGUUUCUACUUAAAUUAUUAAGCACUUACGGUUUAGAUAUAAUAUUAUAUGUAAGGGCAAAAUUUAUUUUAGAUAUAAAGUAAUGGAGGAGGGUGAGAUGCUUUCUGCAUUUCUUGAUGACAGCUUGUGUUCUUACAAAAGUAAACAAAAUGGAUAAAAAGGGGGUCACCAUUCAAUUUAAGUUUCCAGGGGAAAGUGCAUGUAUCAUGAAAUGAUUAUGGACUUCAAUGAAGAAUGUCAUCAAUUAUGUAAAUAUGUAUUUCCUUUUAAUACAAAGUGUAAUUUUGUGCCAGUGAAAUGGAGUCUGAAUAGUUAUGUGUUUCUUUUAUCCCUGAAAAGAUUUAUUAAACUUUAUAGUUUAUCCGGGUAUGUUGGAUGCUUUGACAAUA